GAUCCUCCACGCUCCCUGGCAUAUUGUCAUUGGUGUUGCUCGCGCUUGUCGUCGAUAUGGUAUCCUUCAUGCAUUCAACGAUUAUUUCUUCGCUGCUAUUCUUCACAUUAGCUAUGGGGUUUGUACGGUCUGUCUCAGGGACGUAUAAUAUUUCCAGGAACGACAAUCUUGCAGUCUAUUGGGGACAAGACUCCUCUGGUUCACAAGCAUCGCUGUCGACAUACUGCGAAGACGAUGUGAUAGACAACGUGAUCCUAGCUUUCCUGUACAUCUUUGAGGGCAAGGGCGGCCAACCUGUAAUCGACUUUGCCGACGCGUGCAGCAAUUCAGGAGAUCCAGUCUUCACAGGUACCGACCUCGCGGAUUGUUCAGCUCUGGCAUCCCAAAUCGAAACAUGCCAAAAGAACGGGAAGAUCGUCACGUUGAGUCUCGGAGGCGCUACUGGCAAGGUCGGAUUCUCCUCGGAUGCUGAGGCAACGACAUUUGCGGAUACGAUCUGGGAUGAUUUUUUGGGUGGGAAUGGCGACGUUAGACCUUUGGGAGAUGCGGUGCUAGACGGGCACGUCGAUCGCUCUUCAUCUUUUUGGCAUCAUAGGUCUUUUUCGUAUGGCCCAAAUAUGAUCGCUGAUGGCUGGUCGAUAUGGUGCAGGGUUGACCUAGACAUCGAGAGUGGAACCGCAGCACAUUAUGCUGCGUUCGUGAACGAAAUUCGGGCAAAAGCAAAAGGCGACUCGAAGCAGUACUAUAUCACGGCGGCGCCUCAAUGCCCCUAUCCUGACGCGUAUAUUGGCGAUGCCCUUAACGAAGCGUCCUUCGAUGCUGUUUAUGUCCAAUUCUACAAUAAUUACUGCGGUCUUGACCAGCCUAGUGAAUACAACUUCGAUACGUGGGACACCUGGGCAAAGACCAAAUCCUUCAACAAAGACGUCAAAGUAUACAUCGGCGCACCCGCUAGCUCCGACGCUGCAGGGACAGGUUACGUCGAUAACACCACCCUUGCGAAGUACGCCACCGAUGCGCAGAACAAGUAUUCGUCGAUGGGUGGUGUGAUGCUUUGGGAUGCUUCGGAGGCUUAUGCAAACCAUCGGUUCGACAAGGCCAUCAAAAACGCGAUUGUGGCAAACGCUCCUCCUAUUCCUUCUUCUUCGGCCUCUCCGUCUACGACGAGGAAGCCUGCGUCUAGUUCGCUCCGUCCGUCGUCGACUGAGACCUCGAGUCACCCGGCUGAUGCUACGCCAACGAUUCCGAAACUAAAAUCAAGAGUGGGUAGCCCUCCGAGGCUUUCCGGCGGUUCGUGAAAUUUCUCUGUGGAUUACGCCAAGGGAGUACCAUAUCAGUUCAUCUGUGAUGAAUCCCGAUGUAUAGACGGUACGAAGUAGUUCGUGAGAUUGUGCUCUACAUGCCAAGGAGGCUCGAGACGUUGAGUCCGUACACGAGAGCCAAUGAAUCUAUAUGUAUGAGCCUUGAGGGCCGUGUAACUGUAUUGCGUAGCAUUGUAUCAUAGUUUUUACUUCUCUUCUCAAAUGACCGGGAAGUCGU